AACAUCUCCGACGAGGAGAGGGAGUUCUGGCGCCAGCCAGAUGACGAAGGGUUCCGUCCCUGCCUGCAUUUCAGCCCCCAGUACCGGAAAGCGUCGGCGGCGAUUUCUAAAGAGAAGAGGAGGUUCUUGGUGGUGGUGGUUUCCGGCGGACUGAACCAGCAGCGGAAUGAAAUCGUGGAUGCGGUUGUCAUAGCCAGGAUUCUUGAAGCCGCCCUGGUCGUCCCUGUUCUUCAAGUCAACCGCAUCUGGAAGGACGAAAGUGAAUUCUCAGAGAUUUUUGACGUGGAACAUUUCAAGAACGUCUUGAAAUCUGACGUCCGAGUUGUUUCUUCAUUGCCAUCCUCACAUUUGGUUUCCAGGCAAAGGGUUGAAACUCGGAUUCCAUUUCAUGUUUCUCCUCUCUGGUUACGCGCCAAAUUCUUCAAACAGCUGAAUGAAGAAGGUCUGCUAAUACUGAAAGGCCUAGAUUCGAGGCUCUCGAAGAAUCUUCCGCCGGAUCUCCAGAAGCUUCGCUGCAAGGUUGCAUUCCACGCGCUGAGAUUCGCCGCCCCGAUUCACGACCUCAGCCACCGGUUCGCGAGGAGGAUGUGGAUAGAAGGGCCGUACAUCGCCGUCCACCUCCGGCUGGAAAAGGACGUGUGGAUGAGGAGCGGCUGCGCCACCGGCUUGGGCGAACAGCUCGACGGAAUCAUCCGCAGAGAACGGGAAUCCCACCCGGAUCUCCAGACGAGAAAGAUGAAAAACGUCACAAACGCCGUCAGGAGAGCCGCCGGGAUGUGUCCGUUAAACGCCGGGGAGAUUGCGAGGCUGCUUAAAGGAUUGGGUGCGCCGCGGGACGCGAGGGUGUACGUCGCCGGCGGAGAGCCGUUUGGUGGGGCCCGGGCGCUGGAUGGGUUGAGGGAAGAGUUCCCGAACCUGAUGAGUAAGCUCGGGUUGGCUCGGGAAGGAGAGCUGGCGCCUUACGUGGACAAAGCUUCGGUUUUUGCUGCUAUAGACUACGUCGUUUCACUUAGCAGUGACGUUCUGGUCACUUCCCAUGGCGGGAACAUGGGCCGAGCUCUUGAGGGACAUCGAGCAUACAUAGGACAUAGAAAGUAUAUAAAGCCGAACAAGAGAAUGAUGUUCCCAGUCCUGGAUGAUCCCUCCAUCUCCGAUGAAGAGUUCAGCCAUGUCAUGAAGAAACUGCACAAGAAAUGUCAAGGGCAGCCAGAGCAGAGGACUAAUAAGGUGGAUCGGGACGUACUGGCUUAUCCUGUGCCAGAGUGUAUGUGCAAAAAUAUGUGAAUGAAAUAAAUAUCUGUAAACUACAGAGUAGAAAAUUAGUGGUUUUCUUCCGUCAUGAAAAUUAUAGCCCAUUUGAAAUCUUUCACUUCCUUUUGGAACUUGAGUCUUUAAAUAUAGAGCCACAAGUCCUACAGUCAUG